AUGAGUUCUUCGACCCCGUUUUCGUCGCUCUUUGUCUCGCCAGCGGAAUUGCAUAAUGCCUUGCGCGACUCUUCGAGUGCGUUUCGGGUGAUUCCUCUCACCGCGGGGAGGAAUUCAUCCAUGCAAUCCUUUGAAUCGAAACAUAUACCAGGCUCCGUGUUCUUCAACAUGGAUAUAAUCAGAGACACUACUUCCCAGUAUCCAAUGAUGCUGCCCACACCAGCCCAGUUCGCCAAGUACAUGUCAGAGCUGCAUAUCACCCCCGACGAUGUCCUGGUCAUCUAUGACCCGAUGGAUCCGGGAUUCUACUCUUCCCCACGAGUGGCAUGGACGUGUCAGUAUUUCGGCCACAGAGCCGUUCACGUCCUGAACACUUUCCCCCAUUAUGUCGAAGAGGGGUUCCCCGUCGUCACUGGAAAGGUAUCAAUUCCCGUCAGUGCCAUCACGGAGGUGACAUACCCGGAGCAGCCCGUGUCUGAGUCGAGGAACGUCAUUUCUUUCGACGAAGUGUGCGAUAUCAUCGCGGAUCCGGUUCAGACGGGACAGGUUCAAAUCAUUGAUUCAAGGCCUAGUGCACGCUUCUCUGGUCCUCCCGAUACUGAGCCAUCGGCCUUGCCGGUGGGCCAUAUCCCGUCUGCGAUCAAUGUGCCCUUCUCGUCGUUAUUGGGGGCGGAUAAAAAGGUGUUAGCACCAGCAGAGCUCACGGAACUGUUUAAUCAAGCCGGGGUGGAACAGGGUGUGCCGACGGUGUUGUAUUGCAAUACGGGAGUUACUGCGGCGGGGUUGGAUUUGGCAUUGAGUGCGAGUGAUUUGAAUAUCAGGACGCGGCUUUAUGAUGGGAGUUGGACUGAGUGGAGUAAGAGGGCUGACAAGGAGGGUAUGAUGGUUACUGAGUGA